UCCAUUUCGAUAAAUGAAACUGCCUUCUAAUUUCUAAGUUUCCAUCGUUCAACCAAAUAUUCUAUUUUCCUUUUUAGAUAGAUAGAAAUUGUAGUAAAUUAAUAAUCAAUCACUUGCUUUGGGCUGCGUAUGGCUAUUUAAUGGAUUUCGCUUGCGAUAAUUGAGACGCAACGAACUGAAACUGACUUAUUGCUAUAUUUUUCGAUUGCAAAAUUGAAGAAAUUGCAAUAUGGGAUCUGUGACUCACUUUAAUUUAAGAGCGACGAAUCCAAAUUUGGUUAUUUCGCUUUGUCACAGCUUAAUCAUUGCACUUGAAAUCAGCGGUGCAUCCAAAUGCAGCCUCAGCUAUAGUAAGAUUAUUGAUGAAAUCAAUUUAAUAUGCGAGUAUUUAACGGUGAGGAUCUUUUGGCGGGUUUUGCUGCUUGAUCUCAAUCUGCCACAUAGACCAUAUGGAUGAUACAAUCAACACCUGGGUACGUCAUGAACGCCUCAUGAGUGUGACUUAUUGUUAAAUUGUGUCAAACACCAGCAUGUCACUAAUCUGGAAGUGCACAUUUAAUGUUUGCUGUAAUGCAAUGCAGUUUUAGUGCAUUGACAGUGGUUUGCAAAGCAAAACACCUGUUUGGAUGGAACCCUAGAGUGAGACUGAUGAGAAAUGGGGCAGAUCCAGCUGCAUUUUGUGGAAAUGGGCAGUUUGGCGCAACCUGCAAAGUGUGGAAAGUGUGGAAAGCAGGCACAAGACACAAAUGUCGUAAUUGCUGGACCAAACCAUUGUCAUUUCAUUUGCAUUUUAGCCGGCAAAUAAUGGAUCAGUGUGCUUUUCCCCGAGUUUCCAAACAUGCUACGGAUAUCUCUUUCUUUUCGUAGAGAUGUCUUUAGUAUCUUUAAUGCCUGCAUACAAACAUGGAUACUGGCAUGGAUUUUACGACCUUGGGAUUGGGGAUGCAAUUCUGCGUUUCUUGAAAUUCAACACAAGGGUGUGGAUAUAGGAAUCCGGUUCAACACAUAUACCGUUAGGAUGUGUGGAAAGCAAGGUAAUCUGUAUCGGUAAUGAUGGCCAUAAUGCUCAACACCAUUACCAAUAUGGGUAUCGGGCAUAACAGCUGAUACAAGGAUGUAACGAACGUUACAACCCCUGUAAUGGUUAAAAAAAAUUUUGCCCAAAAAAUUCUGAAAAAAUAUCUAGAAAAUCUAGAAUAAUGUAAAUAUUCGAAAUAUGUAUCCAUUUUUUGUUUUGAAUAUGUUUAUGGUAGUGUAAUGGUCUACUCUUUGGUGAGAGUGUUGUAGUGGGCUGUCUAGUGGAGUUAUGAACAUAAUUAUAUGUCUCUAAUGUUUAUACUUCACAAUCAAGCACUAGAACUAGAAAUUAGAAAAAGGCAUAAAUACCACUUUUUCAAUUUUUUGAAAAAAUGGCCCUUGGAGCUUUGCCCAAAUCACUACAAUCUACAGUUUUAAUCUUAAAAACUAUAGCAAGAGAAAAAUGAAUUUAAAUAAAAAAAAUGGCAAUUUUCAACCCUAUAGCGGUCUUUACAACCACCGUAACGGCCAAUACGGUCCCAAAAAACCAACUGCCCUGUUUCACCACUAUAUCGCAUAACGGUCAUGGCCAUUACCUAUACCUAUCGGCCUUUAUGGGCGUACGUAAUGGAUACGGAACACCUUGGUGGAAAGUAAUGGUCAAUCCAUACUCUAUGAGAAUUGGUCUUCAUUCUCUACUGCCAGCUCUUGUGCUAUGGUCCUUGACAUGCUUGAGAUUUUUGCCUUUGGUUUCUUUGAAGGAAUUAGCAAUCCAUUAUAGUCUUUCCAAAUCUUAGAUAAAAGCAAAGCAUUUGGGGUGCAUUUAGAUAGACUUCAAAUUGACUUGCGUUUUAGUGCCUUUGGCUUCUUUGACUAGAUCCCGAGUUAUUGCAAAGCAAAGGAAAAAAAAAAAACGAUGAGAUCAUGGAAGUCAAUAUUCAAACGUCGCUUUGAGGUUUAAAGAAUGCACUGAAAACUGUAUUAGUUGUUUAUACUAUCAUAUAUGAGACAUUCCCGGUCUGAAAAAGUCUGAAGGAGCUAACACUUGGUUCCUUCUAGUGAAGAGCUUCUCAAAGUGCUGUGAUGUUUCAAUUGGAAUGAUGAUGAAAUCAUCCACAUAUACUUUGUUUUUUUCAUGGGCUCCAAUUCAUUCCGGCAACCUCAAAAGCCACCACAGCCGAUCCUUCAAUCUGCUAUAUCGGAAUUCGACACAAUGUAAAAGACUGUGUUCUCAAGCCCAGAAGCACCCACUGAAAAUAAAAGAAACUGUGGUUGGUGGGACCUAUCUUCCUCCAUUGUUCAGUGUUGCUCCGAUGAUGGACUGGACGGAUAAUAGUUACAGGACUCUUGCACGUCUCAUAUCAAAGCAUGCAUGGCUUUACACAGAAAUGGUUGUGGCAGAAACUAUUGUUCAUCAGAAGGACAAUCUGGACAGAUUCUUAGCAUUUCCUCCAGAGCAACAUCCAAUUGUUCUUCAAAUUGGCGGGAGCAAUCUGGAUAACUUGGCAAAAGCAGCUGAGCUUGCAAAUUCAUACUGUUACGAUGAGAUUAAUCUGAACUGUGGAUGUCCAAGUGGAAAAGUAGCUGGUCAUGGGUGCUUUGGUGUGCGGCUUAUGCUUAACCCAAAGUUUGUUGGGGAGGCUAUGUCAGCCAUUGCAGCCAAUUGUGAUGUUCCUGUAAGUGUGAAAUGUCGAAUUGGUGUUGACAAUCAUGAUUCCUACAAUGAACUCUGCAACUUCAUUUAUACGGUGGCUUCUCUUUCUCCAACUAGACAUUUCGUAAUACACGCACGGAAGGCACUGCUCAACGGUAUCAGCCCUGCUCAAAAUCGGACAGUUCCUCCAUUGAAGUACGAGUACUACUUUGGGCUUUUGCGUGAUUUUCCAGAACUUCGAUUCACAAUAAAUGGGGGCAUAACUUCCAUAGAUGAGGUGGAUGCAGCUCGAAAACAAGGAGCUCAUGGGGUGAUGGUCGGACGGGCGGCAUACAAUAACCCGUGGUCUACUCUGGGACAUGUCGAUGCCACAGUUUAUGGUGUACCCAGUAAUGGUCUGUCACGUCGUCAGAUCCUUGAACAGUUCCAGGUAUAUGCUGAUCCCAUUAUAGGAAUGUUUGGACCUAACAAACCAAAUCUUCGGCAAGUGGUCAAGCCUCUACUAAACAUUUUCCAUUCGGAACCUGGCAAUGGUCUCUGGAAACGCAAGGCCGACGCUGCAUUACACCAUUGCACGACUGUCAAGUCCUUUCUCGAGGAGACCCUGGAUGCAAUUCCUGAUACAGUGUUGGAUUCAACCCUUGCCAAAAGCCAAUCUACUGGUGAAGAUGCAUUUGCUGAUGUUCAUGACUUGAUGCCUGCUCCAUACAUGUCGAGAGAGCAAGAGGUAUAUUCUUGGUAAUGUAUGUACACUGGUGCAUGUCUGGGUGCAUAGUCCAAUCCUAAAGGUUGUGCAUUUAUUCAUCAUAUAUUGGGAAAGGCUUUGUUGUCCAUGUAUGAAUGUAUGCAUUUUGGGUGGGAGGUGUGCACGCAAGGGCGAAAUGGGAAUUUCUCCUUGCAUGCCUGCCAUCAAUGCAACUAAGGUGUCUGGCACGUAGUGCGAUGCACAUGGAGAGGAAGCAUUUUGCAAGACAUGGAGAGCGGGUUGAGGAGUGAUUGCAAAUGGGCGGUUAUCUGAUACUCUAAAAGAGUGUAACACCCGAAAGGGUAUGGUGGGACAUCAGCUGUUGGAUCUGAAUUGUAUUUAAUGAUAUUUUGAAAGCAAUCCACAUGUGAAUCUGAAUUGUGAAGCUCAUUUUCAUGGAGGAUGAGAAAAUUACAGAUC